GCUGCGUGUCAGCCUUCAUUAAACAUGUCGUCUUUCCCCCCUGGUCGACUGGCGGGCAAGCGGUGCGUGGUGACCGGCGCCGCGCAAGGCAUAGCUCUGGCGGCGACCAAAGCCUUCCUCCGCGAGGGUGCUCAAGUGAUGGCCGUAGAUGUCAACAAAGACAAACUGGACGCGAUGUCUGAUGCUCCAGGCUUGACCAGACGAGUGCUGGACGUUCGGGACAGAGAAGGCGUCAUGAAACUGGCCCAGGAUUAUCAGGGUGUGAACGUGCUCUUCAACUGUGCCGGGUACGUUCACAUCGGAACAAUAAUGGAAUCUUCACUGGAAGACUGGGAGAAGAGCUUCGACGUGAACGUGACGUCGAUGCUUCACUUCAUUCAUGCCUUCGUGCCUCAGAUGAGGGCAGCGGGGGGAGGCAGUGUGAUCAACAUGGCGAGCGUGGUCUCCCAUUUGGGUGCUGUCCCCCAGCGAGGGGUUUACGGGGCCACAAAGGCAGCUGUCGUGGGCCUCACUAAAGGUUUGGCCACUGAGGAAAUUAGAAACAAUAUCAGAGUGAACGCCGUGUGCCCGGGGCCUGUGGCGACCGAAGCUUUCCAAGACCGCGCGGGCAGCGAGGAGAACGUCGACACGGAGGUAAGGAAGAAGGUGUGUGAGCGACUGCUUGGAAGACUGCCGACCGCGGAGGAGCUCACAGGGCUGCUGGUCUACCUCGCUUCUGAUGAGAGUUGGAACCAAACUGGUAGCGUGGUGACCUGUGAUGGAGGCUUCAGCUGCGUCUUCUGAUGCGUGGCUAUCGAAGGAAGAUCUUUUAUCUGUCCAAAUGCGUAAUUGGCUCAUUAAUUUUGAAAACUUUUUGGAGGUGUAAAAGAAGUAUUUUUACAUUCAAAACAAAAAUAGAUGAAAAAAUUGUUGUCUGUCCAUCAAUCUAUAUCAUGGAUAGUUAAAAAGAGCUUAGUAAAGAAGAGAUGGAAUAAUAGGAAGAUAGAGUAUAAGGAGGAUAAAAAGAAAAAAAAAUCAGAGAAUAACGAGCGAAGGAAAGGAAGGUAGGAAAUGGAGUAAACAAGAAGAAAAUAAUAAAUGAAGGAUCGUUGGGUUUGUUAAAAAAAAUUA